AGAUCCUAACUCUGCAGUCUCGGGGUGAUUUGAUUCCUGACAACAUGUGGCUGAGGGGUCUGGGAUUAGCUCUCCUGGUUUGGAGCCCUGGAGUGCUGCAUGCUAUACAUGGAGAGGGACCUUGCAGCACUCCCAGCCUGAAAGAUGGGUAUUUUGUCCCGGUGCAAGAUUCUUAUCCUCAUGGGACAUUGAUAAACUAUAGCUGUGAUACGGGAUAUAAACCCACAGUGGAAGGUUGGUGGGCAACAAGCCAAUGUGAAAAUGGUGAAUGGUCUGAUGAACCACAGUGUGUUGUGAUGACAGCCUGCCCUCGUCCAGCUAUUUCUAAUGCCAUAUUCGAUCACAACUCAAAGCAAUGGUAUGAGAAUGAAAGUAUAAUACAAAUAAACUGCGCUGAAGGAUAUUCAUUAAACAAUCAGAGGAAUACUGUGUCAUGUGCCAAUGGAACAUGGUCCCUUGUGUUGGUCUGUCAGAAACAUCCCCUUGCAUGUGACCCACCACCAAAGGUCUCCAAUGCAGUCAUUAUUCAUCAGAAAUACAAGGAAGUGUUUCCUGAGUUGUCAAAAGUGAACUAUCAUUGUAAAGAUGGAUUUCUUACAGAGGAUAAAGAAUCCCAGAAAUCUGUUAAGUGUGAAGCUGGACGCUGGAGUGAAGUCCCAAAUUGCACAUCUUCUGCCAAGCCUGGAACAAAGGAGACUCAACCUUCUUCUGCAUCCAUCGAUAUUUGUGGUGACCACCCUCAAGUUCCAAACGGGGUUGUUGUGGAAGAGGAACGACGUUAUUUGAAGUACCAGUGCCGAGAUUAUUACAAGUUAGUGGGUUCUGAUACAGUGGUGUGUCACAGUGAUGGCACGUGGUCUGAAGUCCCCAGAUGCAAAGAGGACUUCUGUUUACUGAGAGCUGGAGACCAUUCUGACCUGAUAUUAACCAUCGAUAAAUACUUCAGAAAUGGGGAGGCACAGUGGCUGGACUGUGUUGAUAAGUGGUCAUUUCCAAAUUAUUCUGAGGUCCGGUGCAUUAAUGGGGAGCUGCAGGCAUCCAGAUGUUGCAACAGGGUCCAAAUACAGACUGGUAUAUGCUGAGAUUGUACCAUUAGGAACAGAUGUGGCUCUCUUCAGGUGUGCAGAUGGACUAGGAAGAAAUGUGAACAUGGACCCAUUUGUACCAACUUCAGAUUGACUACAUCGCUAACCACAAUACUGGCUUUACAUUCUGUUCUAACAUACCAAUAAAGUUCAGUCUUUUCUGUCCA